AUGUUGCAUUAUUAUUUUCUUGGCUUCACGCGGAAGCUUGACCCUGGGAUUCUUUUCCAUGUCGCCACAUGGUUUGCGUGGUUUCUCCUGACCUCUCCGGAAAAUACCUCCUCCAUUGACGUACUGCAGGUAUGUACCCACGGCGUAUGGGAGCCCUUUUUUUCAGGCCCUUUGCGGCCCUUUGCGAUCCCUCGCCGCUCGUCUGAUUUCGUCAACUGGGGCCCCCUGGCGGGGAAGAGUCGGGAGGGAUUCCCCGCCCACUGCAUGUCCCCUCGUGUUGUCCUGCUCCCUCCACGCCCUCUUGGCGCAUCUUCUUCCGCUACCAGACGCUCGUUUCUAUCUUUCCGCCCAUCCUCUCAGUGCAGUGUAUUGCUGGCGCUUCGCCUCGUCGGCGUUCGCAAGGCGUCUCCUCUUCUCAUCCCCAUCCCUCUCCUUACCGUUUCCAUCGACUUUCUGGUGCUAGCCGAGGUUGGUUCCCUCCCAGACUCGAGAAUCAAUCUGGCCUAG